CUUGUAGCUAUGGAAACUCGUCGCUGGCAACAUCCACCAGUCUGUUCUGCUCCAUCCUCAUACCUAACCUCUCAGAGGUGCUGAGUGUGUGUGCUCCUGUAACCGAUAUAUGAGACGCUGCAAGAUGGCGAUUCCACAACUCAUCGCUUGUUUUGUUCUGUACACCAGCUUAGGUCACAUCCCAUCAUCACUUGGGGUAAUCCUCCGAACCACGGACAAGGUUGUGUGGGCAAAUGAAUUUGAGCCCAUCGAGCUGACCUGUUUAAUAGAGUCCAUCUCAACAAACAACCCGAGGAUUGAGUGGAAAAAGAUUAAGAACGGUGUCCCCAGUUAUGUGUACUUUCAAAACAGGAUAGCAGGGGACCUGGAGCAGAGAGCUCAGCUCAGAGAGCCAGCCAACAUCCUGAUCCUUAACACCACUCGGGCCGACACGGCAGAGUACCGCUGCGAGGUGGCCGCCAUCGACGAUCAAAGGGACUUUGAUGAGAUACUUAUUAGCCUCGCAGUAAGAGUGAAACCUGUUGUACCACGCUGCCGUGUACCAGAUGCGGUCACCGUUGGAACAUCAACCGAGCUGCGAUGUCUGGAGAACGAAGGCUUCCCUGCUUCUCAGUACCGCUGGUACCACAACAACGAGGAGCUUCCUCAGGAGCCCAAAAACAGCCCAAAGUCCGCCAACUCUUCCUACAUCAUCAACCCUGACACUGGAGGCCUGAAAUUCCGAAGAGUGAGGAAAGAGGACGCGGGGGACUACUACUGCCAGGCGAGGAAUGAUGCUGGAUAUGCACAGUGUCCCUCACAAAUGAUGGAAGUCUAUGACGUCGACUACCUCGGGAUUUUCCUCAAGGCGUUAGGUGCAGUGACUGUUUUCGUCUGUUUGACUGCCUCCAUUUGUCAUUCCUUUAAACGUGGAUGCUUCCACAAAAAAGGUCACAAUGAAAAUAACUACAAUUGGCCAGCACAGAAUGAUGGUGUUGUAUAUGGCGAUGCAGAUGAGGGCCAUUUUCGCCACAAGUCUUCAUUCAUCAUUUGACAGCCGAGACGGAGGACACAAUGGAACCACGACAAAAGCAAAAAACAAAAGGUUAACUUGCUACAAUGAUGGUCCACAUGGUAAAGUUUAAGGUGUAACAUGGCACAUUAUUCUCUGAUGCACAUCAAACUCAAAUAAACCAACUUGCCAAAGUAAUUUUAAUAUCAUUUUGUGGUACUGUUUCAUGUUUUUUAUAAAGUGGUAGCAUUUUUUAUUUUCUUCUCUGUUAGUAUUAAUUCCCAUUUUAAACCUUUUUUUUUUAAACUCUUUAUUUGGUUUAUUUGAACUCAUUUUCCACUAUCUUUUUUUUAUUAUACAGUAAAACCAUUUCAAAGCUGUGGAAUUUGAUAUUCGGCCCACAGCAUCGUAAAAGAUGCUGGAAGCUACGCUCCUUCACAGUUUUUUGGGCAAAUCCUCUUUUAUAAUUCUUAAACUUUUUACUGAGUACACUGAAAUUGUUUUACAAUGCUCCUUUACAUUAUCUUUGUUCAUACGAUAAAUAUGUUCCUAGUUUGGGCACAUGGGGAAGAGUUGAAACUUGUUUUGUAUAUACUGUAGUUAUGCAGGCAAUAAGCAGCAAACUGUAAACGGCUGAUGAGUUCAGAUUCAUAAGGCACAAUGUAUCAGCCUCUCUUAUAUUCACAAAUGAUAACAAGUAUGUACGAGUACAGAGUAAACCGUCAGUUUGAAUACUAUAUAUCCCACUAUGCUGCAAAGUAUAUAUGUACUAUAAAGGUGGCGAAGUAUGAUUUCUAGAGUGCUGUUUCUGUGUAUAAGUGACCUUCUGUGCUUUACUAAUUAUGUUAUGAGUAUUGGACAUAUUGUCCAGUUUGACUCAGUAUUUAAUGUACAUAAAUACAUCAUUUUUGACCUUUUAAUUGUCAUACUUUGCACUCCAUACCUUAUUGUUAAUACUGCAAUAAAACUGUUGGAAAUAAAUUUACAGUAUUUACUGGUCAGUGUUCUGCAGUGUUUAGCCAGUCACUUCAAACAUUAGUGUCAUUGAUUUGUGUAACAACUCAGGAACUGUUGUAAAAUGUCCACUGUUCAUUUGAUAUUAUUGCUAUAUGUUCAUGUUAUUUUCUUACUAUUAAAACCGUUUGAACUGUAAAUGUU